GUGUCGGACGUAGAGUCACUCAGAGGCAUAUGGGAGUGCGUGGGACACCAAAGGACCUUAGAUUCGAUAGAGGCCUAUAGGCCUGGUACGAGAGGAUGUCAAAAAUCUACAGAACAACUAUAUCAGACAACAGCUACUUAUACCUGCUGGUCUGAGCUGAUUCGGAUCGUGGUCGAAUCUAUGUCGGAUCUGUAUGCGUGCGGGCUACUAAGAUGGUCGUGA